UAGAACCGGUGUUCUAAGGUUUCUGGAACCUUCUAUAAGCGAGAAGUGGCCCUUAUCCUAAAAUUACAGCGUUCUUUCUCUGCACUGCACCAACCAUAGGGUAAAACUGCUGGAGAAGCAGAAUCGAUCAAUGGCGAUUUCUCGAACUUCUUUGCUUCGCCAGAGUGCUGCUGCUUCUUUAUCUUCUCUGAAUCCUUUCUCAAUGUCGUCUUUUACUCUCUCUCUUCGUCCAAAAUGCAGGUUUAGUCUCUCAGCCUCUCUCUCUACCCAAGGAUCAACUUCCUCUUCGGUUGAACCUACGUCGUUGAAGACAAGCCACCGUUGGAAGCCAAUGUGUUUGUACUAUACUCAAGGUAAGUGCACUAAGAUGGAUGAUCCAAUCCACCUUGAGAGCUUCAAUCAUGAUUGCUCCAGGGAGCUUAGAUUAAGUGCUGCCGAGUUCAAAAAAUUACGCUCUCAGCAGUUAGAUUAUUUUCUUGUGCUUGAUUUGGAGGGAAAAGUUGAGAUUCUCGAGUUUCCUGUUCUGAUGGUUGAUGCCAGAAACAUGCAGGUCGUGGAUUUGUUCCACAGGUUUGUGAGGCCCUCAGCAAUGAGUGAGCAAAGGCUAAAUGAAUAUAUUGAAGGAAAAUAUGGAAAAAUUGGAGUUGAUCGUGUCUGGCAUGAUACAGCUAUCUCAUUUAAUGAAGUUAUUCAACAGUUUGAAGCUUGGAUGGCUCAGCAUCACUUGUGGAGAAAGGAGCUCAACGAGCGUCUUAAUAGGGCUGCUUUUGUGACAUGUGGGAAUUGGGAUUUGAAAACUAAAGUCCCUCAGCAAUGCAAAGUAUCAAGGAUGAAGCUUCCCUCAUAUUUUACAGAAUGGAUCAAUUUGAAAGACGUCUAUCUGAACUUUUACCAGAGGAGGGCCACAGGGAUGCUCACUAUGAUGAAGGAACUUCAGAUUCCUUUGCUAGGAAGUCACCACCUUGGGAUUGAUGACACAAAAAACAUAGCAAGAAUGUUGCAACAUAUGCUAACUGAUGGUGCACUUCUGCAGAUCACCGCAAGGAGAAACCUUGAUUCUCCUGAAAAUGUUGAAUUCCUCUAUAAAAAUCGUAUCUGAUAAUUGCACGUUUUAGCCAUUUGGCAGUAAAAAUGAGAUUUUGUGGCCUCUUUGGGCGAGCUCAUUGGAGAGAGAGGGGAAUGGAGUCGUGGUACUGAAGGCAAACCAUGGAAACAUGGUUGCUUGAUCUUUGGAGCCAUUUUGCUAUUGGGUAUGCUCUAGUCAGGUUUGAUCUGGUUCAUGCUCUACAUGAUAAUUGUUAGCAAUACUUGGAGAGGUGCUUCUUUUGCAUGCUUGGUGAACAACAAUAUAAUGUGACUGUGAGUGAUCUAGAAAGCUACAAGAUUUUCAGAUGACUAUAGUCACACAGCCAAAGAAUGUUGGGGGCUGUGUUUGUACUAAUUUUAUUUUUUUGGGUACGCUAGUUGUAUUACCUUUUCAGCUGCAACUAUUGAAGCUGAAAUCCCAUUGUCGUUCAGAGGAGUGCAUUUCAUGGGCAAACACCCUCUUUCUGUUUCAUAUGUGAAAAUGUAAGAACUAAUACAUAUCUUUUUUUAGUUUUCCUUUAUCCUACUGACAUUUUCAUACAUUUAUUGA